AUGAAAUAUCUAGUCGUUUAUCUUUCUUCGUUUGCUAUUUUCGUCGUAGCAGACCAACAUUUAAAUAGCAAUGGUCCGUUUGGGAAACGCCAUUCAGUACAUGAUGAACCAAGCCCACAUUCUUGUAAUCGAGGUUCCGGCUUAAUUCUAUCUUCGGCUUUCUCAACACUUACGACUGUAACGACUUUAAAUGUAUCAACUACAGUCUAUGUUAGCAAUGAGCAGGUCAAUGUAACUUGGACACCCAUGACAGCUCCCUGUAUUGAUGAUUUUAUUGGUAUUUAUUCUGGUGAAAUUCCUCUUGAUAAAGCUUGUGAUUAUUUUGAUUAUGAAUUUACUAAAUCUGAAAAAACCAACAGUAUUUCAUGGCAGAUGAUUAAUCUACGGCGUCCACUUCAAUUUCGUUAUUAUUCACGUGAUCAUGCUUGUUCAGGCAAUUAUUCAUUAGUAGCUCAAUCAGUCUUAAUAGAACCCCUUAAUUAUAAUGAACCUACACAAAUUCAUUUAGCUUAUGGUGAUCGACUCGAUCAAAUAUUUGUUUCCUAUUUAACUAAUUCGUCACAAUAUACUCCGCAAUGUCAAUAUGGAUUAAAUCCAUUAUCAUUGGAAUUUCAUCAAAAUGGAACAACAACAACAUAUACAGCAUCGGACAUGUGUGAAGGAAAAGCAAAUAUAUCGGGCCCACAAACAUUCAUCGAUCCAGGAUACAUGCAUACAAUUUUACUAGAAGAUCUCCAACCAGGAACAAUCUAUUACUAUCGAGUUGGUAACGAUGAACUUGGUUGGUCAGCCGUCUAUUCGUUUACAAAUCGUCCGGCAGAUAAAAAUCAAGGUGUAACAUUAAUCGCUUUCGGUGAUAUGGGUUUAUCACCAGUGGAACCCGGUGCAAAGUCAACUGUUGCUCGAGUAACAACACAAGUCUUAUCAAAAAACAUUACUUGUUUAUUACAUAUUGGUGAUAUUAGUUAUGCUCGUGGUAUUGGUGCUCUAUGGGAUGCAUUUAUGACUCAAAUACAGCCAAUAGCAGCUCGUGUACCUUAUAUGGUUGGUAUUGGUAAUCAUGAAUAUGAUCAUGUUACAGGAGGCAAUAAAGAUCCAAGUGGUGCUCCUGGUCCAGGAGGAUUUCGACCAGGAUGGGGUGACUAUGGUACUGAUUCAGGUGGUGAAUGUGCUGUUCCUAUGGUUCAUCGAUUUCAUUCACCAUCGAAUGGUAAUAGUCUAUUUUGGUAUAGUUUUGAUGUUGGUGCAGUACAUGUAGUUUACUAUUCAACUGAACAUGAUUUCCGUCGAUCAUCACCACAAUAUGCAUGGAUUGAACAAGAUCUUCGUUUAGUUAACCGUUCUCGUACCCCAUGGCUCAUUGUUGGUUCACAUCGACAAAUGUAUACAUCAGAAUUAGAAUCGAUUGAAGAACAUGAAAUAACAAUGAUGCUACAAUUGUACCUAGAACCAUUAUUCUAUCAAUAUCGUGUCGACGUCAAUCUUUUUGCACACCGACAUUCAUACGAACGAUCAUGUCCAAUGUAUCAAAAGAAAUGUGUAGCAGAUGGUAUAACGCAUGUAUUAAUUGGUAUGGCUGGUCAAAACUUGGAUACCGGCGUUUAUUCGAGUGUGCCAUGGAGUCAAUAUCAUGAUCAACAAUUUGGAUAUACAACAAUAUUUGCCAAUCAAACGUAUUUACAUUUUACAUAUUAUCAUGAUAGUGACGAUAGCAUUGCUGAUCAAUUUGUGCUAACAAAAUAA